AUGAAACAGCCAAAGUCCUCCGUGCCUGCGAAACUUCAAACCUGCAACGCCAUUGGUUUGGUUCUGCAGCGACAGGUCCUGAGGCAGCUCAAGUGCUCUACAUUGACCUUGACUCGUCUAAAGAAUCCGGCCACGGAGCCUGCGCCUACCAAGCCUGCCCCGGCCAUCCGUGACUUCUUAGUUCCGAAAGAAGAACUUGUCACCGAUUUCGCCUGGAAGAAGCUGCCCACCCCAAUGUCUCUUACCCUGGACCUGCUUCUCAAGUCGCUCAUCCUCAAAGCCACAGGCGACGAUGGCCAAAGCCUUCUGGACAGCGCCCACGACCUCACGGACUUAAGCGUUGACAUCACGAAGAACCUUGAUCAACUCGCCGCCCAGUACAAGCAUAUCAGCAAGUACUUUACCCUAACUAGCAAGGUCACCCACCUGCGUGCAAGCCUUAACGACGCCAUGGCCAAGCUGGAAGGGAUUCCGAACCUCUACGCCGAACCCUUCAGGAAGUUCUUAAAGCAGCCAGGCAGGGACUUAAGAAUUUCGAUAAGUUUAAUCACGCCCUGUGGGCAUACGCACAGAAGAACCUCAUUGUAG